UCCGUCUCGCAUUGAAUGAGUAGUUGAUCGGUAGUGCCUCGCGCUUGUUCUGUUCUGUGAGUCGCCGUGAAUGUCUUGCUAAAAAAAUGAUUAAUAAUAAUACUUCAAAAAAUUUUUUUGUGGACUCGUUGUUAAAAGAUGGUGCCCCUAGUGCAUGUGAACCGCAGUUGCCGCCCUACAGACCUAACAUGCCCAUUCCCUUUCCUUAUGCAAAUUUUGUUAAUAAUUAUAUGACGCCGUUUUUCACGUCAUGGUUUUCCGGACCGCGGUUCUUCCCAAACAGUGCACCAGUUCGUCCAGUUGCUCUUAUGCCUCCCGUAGCUAGGCCUGUCGCACCUACGGAUUUCACUCCACCACCCUCAACAGCGGGGUCUUUGCACUCAGAAAAUGAUUUAAGUUUGCUAACGAGAGAUCAUUCGCCCGCUAGUAGCAGAGAGUCAUCCUUAAGCCCUACCCUACCAGGCGCAGAAGAUUCUACCAGUUACGAAACAGCAUCAGACCGUAAUUCGACGAGCAAGCGAAUAAGAACAGCUUUCACCGCUAAUCAACUGUUAACCCUGGAGAAAGAAUUUUCGCGUAACCAAUACUUGAUGAGAUUGAGACGUAUUCAAAUUGCCAAUUGUUUGAACCUAUCUGAAAAACAAGUAAAGAUAUGGUUCCAAAAUCGAAGAGUGAAAUGCAAGAAGGAAAUAGCAGAAAGCACUGGUUUGAAAUCAAACGAAAAUUGUGCCUGCAGAUGUAAUAGGUCAGAAAAAGACUCAGAUCUAGAUUCAUGUUGUGAAAAUAUUGAUGUGGAAGAGCAUUGAAUAGCAUUUAAAAUUACACAACUUAAACUUUUCGUUAUUUGAAGGUAGUUUUAUUGAAACAGUGUCAUAAAUGUAAAUAUGAGUCAAACUUAUUCAUAGAUA